AUGAGCAGAUUAUUAUUACCCAGCAGGAUCUUUUCCAAACAAGCAUUAUCCCUUGUCACCCCCCUUAAAUCAAGACUUCCUCGGACGACCACAAUCUCAUUCGUUCGUUUCAACUCCAAUCCACCAUCAUCAUUCUCAUCCAAUAUCGACAUCGAAAGAGUCCCUCCCAAAUCACCAUCAUCAAGCUCACCCACAACACAUUCGCCAUCAGUCCAGAAGUCCCAUCAACCAAUUAAACGAGUUAAAGCCACCCCUCAAAACAAGAAAAAAGCCGCUCAGAACCUUCGUCGCACAAACCCAUCCUUCCAAAAUGAAUCAACUAGUUAUAUACUAUCAUUAUUACAUGAAAAUCGUGAAACUUCUUCAUAUCCAGGAGCAUCGAAACCAUUAGAAAAAUAUUUAUCUUCAGUUACAUCAGUUACCGUGGGGGAAUCGAUUAAUUUUGAGAAAUUAUUGCCAUGUAUUCAAGGAUAUGAUUAUCAAAUAAUCAUCCCGGAAGAAGUCAUAAAUAUAACUUGUCAUGAUGUUAGUUCUGAUCAACCGGGUAAUCUUAUGAUAUUAUCAAAUGGGACUUUAGUGGGUUGGAAUCUUGAUGAAGAUGAAAUUCUUGUUAAAUUCUUACCGAUUAUUAAAUCUUCAAUCGAGAGUAGAUAUGAGGUAUUUGAGAGUGAGGAUUUAGAUUGGAUUGAAUUGAAAUCAUUACCGAAAUCCCCAUUAAAUAAUGGGAAUUCUUACUUGCAUGGAGAGAUUAUGAUUAUUCAAGGUAUUUCUCAAGAAAAAAGGAUAUUAGAUAUGGCAGCCUUUGCUGUCGGGAUAUCGAGAUCGACAAGAUUAUCGAUUUUGGAAGAUCAAUUAGAAGAACAUUUAUCUAUCGCCAAAGAAAAUUCAGAAAUUUUAGCCAAUGGAUAUCAAAUCACAGCAUCAGAACAUGAAUUUUUGAAAUUGACGGGGAAAUUGUUUUUAUUAAGAGGGAAAUUGAAUUUAUAUAGUGAAUUAAUUGAUACUCCUGAUUUAUAUUGGGGUGAACCAACUUUAGAAAAGAUUUAUAAUUCAGUAUCGGCAAUACUUGAUAUAAAUUCAAGAAUUGCAAUUUUGAAUCGGAAAUUAGAUUAUGCAACUGAAGAACAACGAGCAUUUUUAAGUGUUUUAAAUGAAAAGAAAAGUACAAGAUUAGAAUUGAUUAUUAUUUUAUUGAUUUUGGUAGAAGUGUUGUUUGAAAUUUUUCAUUUUUAUGAAAAAUAUGAAGAGAAAAAGGAAGCUAAAAAGGGCGAAAUUGAAUAA